AUGUGCGAUACAUCACCAAUGAAUGCACACCAACAAAGUCAGCAAGCAUAUUCUUAUCAAAUGCAUCCCGCAAAUCAAUAUCCAAACUUUGUACCAGGUAUGAAUCCAUAUAUGGUGGCGCCACAAAUGGCCAAUAACUACCAAAACGUACAAUAUGCGCCGCAAAACUCGGCAAGUGAGAUAGGUCCUACUCCAGUCAGGGGCCCCGUUCCACAACUUCAAUCGCAACAAGGCCAAUCGCAGGUCACUAGUACUGAGGGAAGUAGGCCGUCUUUGCAGAAACAGCAUUCUCAGAUGCAAGCGCAGGCGCAGGCUCUUAAUUCCAACACACUCUCUAGUUCAGCAUCUGCAGUGCCUUCACCCUUUACUACUUCGAUGCCUACACCUACGGGCUCUGCCUCCAUCCCCAAUUUAAAUAUAUCCGGAGUUGCACUACCUCAAGGUAUGCCGGAUGGUGUUGGGAUCCCACCCGGCCAAUCAGCAGGAAUUGGUCAAAUUCCUGGACAUAUGCAACACCCUCUAUCGAAUAACAGGGCCAAUGCAGGUCCUGGACCCGUACCUGGACCAGGACUUGUGCCUGGAAAUGCAACAGGGUUUAACAGCGGACUUGGUUCCGGACCAGCUCCGAGGCCAGCUUCGAUGUCUAGCCCUUCACACCCAAUGGCAGCUCCUCAACAAGUUCCUCGAAGAAGGAUUCCGCCAAGUACCAACAUGCCAUAUCCCAUACGUAAGUACCUUUCGAAUAUGGCAAUUCUACGGCUGCAUGAAAUUAUAAAUCUGCUCAACUUAUCAACGGGAAGGGUUGGUGAUUAUGAUUACUGGUUAAGGUUUACUCAUGACAUCUUCACGCCUUAUGGUAUAUUUAGACUUUCCACAAAAGGGGGAGAAGAGACUAGACAAUUUGAAUUCACAACUCCUAUUAUCCCUCUUAUCUGUCAAACUUACGGUAAUGUUGGUAUAGUACGUUUGGAAACAAUUCCUCAGCAGUUACGUGCACAGGUUUUGAGCAAUGGAACGAUAUACUUCGACUGUCCGCGCUGCACUACUACAUUUUACUACCCUGACGGUAGUUAUAUGACCAAUUUUGCACAGGUGAAGGGUGUUUUCGAUUCCUCUCUGAAGAUGGAAUGGGUUGAAUUCGCAUGUUAUAGUUUCGUACCAGGUAUCGAAUGGAAUUCAUUGGAAAGGCUGAUUAGUGCGGAACCAAUCUGCCAUGAAAUUUUCCAAUAUUUAAGCCAAAAGCAUGAUGGAUCUCAGCUUAACGACGAAGGUCCCACGAAGGAAGAUUCAAUGCCCGCCAAUUUUCUCGCAAUCACAAAGCUACGAUCAAAAUUCAAAGUCUUUGAAAACCUGUCGAGCUUCGGUAUUCAGGAGAGCUUUAUGCGCGCCUUACAAGUCAACGAUGUUAUAUCAUAUUUGAAAACAUUGAAAGUUUUCCAGAAAGUUCAUAAUAUCCAAAGCCCAUUGGGUAGUCUGGAGGCGUACGUUGCAUCCUCUUCGCAAAAUAAAGGGCGUGGGAAUGCCCAGCAACCAACUUAUGCCACUUCAGCAUCUCCUUCAAAUCCGCCCUCGGCUGGCCAACAGAAGUCUUCAAACACGCCAGCUAGGAUGCCCCAAGCGAAAAGGCGACAGAGCGAUGUAUCACCAUUAAGCACUACUGAAAAAGUACCACCUACCGAUUUUAGUGACAAUUCUAACGGCAAUUUCAAAAAGGUCAAGUACUGA